AUGACCAUACAUGACUGGAACUUUGCAGACCCUGCCCUGACUUCAAAGGGAGAGGCACAGUGCAAGCAGCUCGCCCUCGAUAUCCAGAACAAGUAUGCCUUUCCCAAGGAGGAGACCUUGAUCGUCGUGAGCCCACUCCGGCGGACGCUUCAGUCAUAUCACCACGGCCUCGCAUGGCUAGCCGAGGAAGGCGUACGAGUUGAGCUCCGUGCCGAGUGGCAGGAGACCACAGCCAACCCAUGCGACAUAGGGUCCGAGAUCUCCGUCAUCUCCAAGGAGUGGCCGCAUCUCGACUUUUCGCAGCUGGACCCCGUGUACCCAGCCAAAACGGGGCUGUACGAUGCCUCGCAGGAGUCCCUGCUGCGCCGGGCACGGGUUGCGAGGCAGUGGCUCUUCCACCGACCAGAAAAGUACAUCAUUGUCAUGACGCACUCGGGCUUCAUCCGUAGAGUCGUGCCAGACUGUGCAAAGUACGCCAACGCCGAGUACCGGACCUACGACUUUGCCACCGACGAGGACGAGAAUGACGAGAGCAGGCCAUUCCGGCUCAUUGAGCUCGAGGCCGUCCACCAGUCUCUGUCGACGCAACAGCCAUCGAUUAAGUAG